CAGAGAAAAGUUUAUUUCUUCUUAUCUACCCAAAGACCGUUCCAUUUCUAACAUUAAAAAACAAACAUAUUAUUCAAAGAUAAAGUGUCAUUUUAAAAAUCUCAGAAGUUAUCUGUGGUAUCUCUUUCCAGAAAUUCAGAGGCAUAUUCUUCUCUGAUUGGUCUGUGCUGGUUCUAAAAGCGAUGGUGACAUCACAAUGAUCUACUUUGGAAUGUGAAACUGAUGACUGUAAGAGGAAACUGUGAGACAGAUCCAGGAUAAUGACUAGAGACGCACAACAGUUUUCCCUAUGAAUCCCAUACUUUUUCUCUUUUUAUCUCUGCUUAUUUCUGCAGGGACUACCAAAAAGCUAAUUUCAUCUUCUAAAGACUACCAUAACUUACCUGUCAAUGACUUGGAGGAGGAGGAGGAGGAGGAGGAAGAUGAUAAUGAUGGUAAUAACUAUGUUGUACAAAGUCCUGAGGACCAUGAGAUCUUUUUAGAAACAGACAUUUCUACAAAUCCGCCUGUGUCCAAAGAUGUGUUAAUGCUGAAGAACAGUAUGCAGAAUUUACGGGAGUACUUGAAAUUGCUCUCCAUCAAAAAGGCUGAAGAGGAACAACUAGAGAGUUCUGAAGCAGAGCCUUCUGAAGAAUCCAAAUUUGGACCUCAUUAUCUCAACAUUAUCACUCAAGGCCCAGUCGAGGAAUCACUUAGUGGAGAUCUAAGAGCAAAACCUGUGAACAUUUACAAGGACCCAAUUUUGAAAGACCUAUCUGCAGAACUGGAUAACCAAACUCCUGAGUUCAAUGAGACAGAAUAUCACCCAAGAAACAUGUUUUUUAAACCAGUACCAAUGUCGGAUAAGAGUGAUCUUAUUCAAAAGAAGGCAGCAAAUGUAGGAAGAAAAAAAGAUGUAAGGGAAACACUAAUGCUUGCUGUAUCAUCUACAACUCUUAUCAUUUUAAUAAUAUUUAUGAUAUGCUGUGGUGUGACUCUCAACCAGUUCAGCAAACAAAAAAAGUAA